AGCCUCGGCAUCUGAAUGUAGAAGAAGCAGCAGUAAACAAAGCGUUUGUGAGCUUAGCUGCUGCAAUAGUUUUUAUUAUCGCUAUUAUUACUCACAACUGAAAAUUAUGACUGAGAAAGUAACUGCGCGAUGCAGCUGGGCCCAAACAGCUGGCAAAGAGCUGCAACAGGUGAUACCCACACGGCACUCGGACGAAGAUGUCUUUGAAAAGCCCGACUUGGACGAUGUUAUCGAUGAGGAGCGCGCUGUUUUGUUCUCGAACAACGACUGCCCGUCAAUACCCUGUGAACUGCAAUUUCAAAUAUCGCCAAAUUUUAAAAUUGCCGCCAUAACGCUUGUGUGCAGCGCACCCAAAGUGGAGGUCUUUGUUGGGCCCACACAGGAGUAUCUGGAGACCAUCUAUGGCACCAGCCUUGAAGAGCAAGAGGCGGAUAUACCCAUACGACCCUAUCGUUACGAUGUCGAAAUCGAUCGCUCUGGCAUAGCCGAGAUUAAUUUGAAGCUACUCACCUCUGCCAAGGAGAUUUGUGUGUAUGGCGCUAUGUUGCACAUUGCUCCGAAUCCGAAUGGGAUUACCACUCAGCAGCAAAAGCCAUUUGAUAUACAAAAGAUACAGGAAUUGCUGCAAAAAGGCGGCGCGAGCGGCUGUUCUAAUCAAGCCGAUGAAAAUGAUGAGAAGUUGCAAAAGUUUCUGUGCAUGAUGAAAGGCCUUUCGUGCCCAGCACAGCCUAAUCCAAUGCCACCAGCCACUGACGCUGAUGUCAGUCCAAGUGUACAGCAGCAAAUCGACGCCAAGUUCGAGCAGCUGCAGCUCACAAUAACUAAAAGACUGGAUGAAUUCGAAGCGCAACAAACCGCAAAGCUGGACAGAAUUAUUGCAAUGCUUGAAAAGAAAAAAUAAUUGAUGAAUAUUAUAUUAAGUAUAAAUAUUGGGGUAAUCAAAAUCAAAACUAAGUUAAACAUGCAUCUAAAAUUAUGUUAGAUAUUCAAUUGUGAUCUUUUAAUUAUGUACUGAAGCCGUUUCGUCCAGUGUUGGCCAAAAUCAAAUACUUUUUAUAUUCACGAAUACUCAGUGACUUUGAAAAUACCAAUUUAUGUAUAUAUUUGUAUAUUAGGCAACUAUAAAUGUUCAUAAAGCUACAUUGCUUGGCAUAUUGUUAACAA